GGGUAUUUUAGAUUUCUUCCGCAACACAAUGUAAGAACAAAAAAAAAAAAUUUAGCAAAAAUGUUAAAUAACAACAAAUUGGUUUUCAUCUUCGAUGUAAUGGUUAAACCAGAGAUUUCAAGGGUGAUCGAGGACCAGUCCUUUGAUCCCAAAGAUUACCGAAUAACAUAACCAAAAAUCGUGACACGUAAGAAAAAUUACCGUUUAAAUUAUUAAACGCGAGCUUUCGCAUUCGAAACGAUUACGUAGAUGUUCAGUCUUUCUCUCUUCCCCUUCUCUUGCAAUCGGCCAAUUUAAUUUAAUAUUACUGAUAUUUUUAUUAAGGGCCAUCAUAAUCGAAAAAUAAUUACCUAUAAGCGAAGCACAUCUAGGAUUGAUUAUUCCACUGGGCAGAAGAUGGAAGUGGAACUCCGCACCGUCUACUACUACAGUAUGCCCGGCAUUGCUUCCUCCCUGCAAAAUUAAAAUUCUUCUUUUGCUCCAAUGUAAAUACUUUUUUUUCUUCUUCUUCUUUUUCUUCGUUUUCACUUUUUUCAGAUACUCGACCAACAGCCGAUAAGAAAGAAAGCUGUCAAGCUUGCUCGAUUUCCCAA